AUGGCCACCAUCGAACUGGUCGGUAAACCUCCAUUUGGUCAAUCUCUUCAAGCCCAAUUACCUGUGUUCGACCACUCUGCUCCUGCACCCCACCUUCGCGAGUCAGUCUCUGCGCAACCCUUUCCGUCUUCUUCAGAGUUUGAGGCCAACACGUCCACAGCUCUAGGGUCUGAUCUUGCGAUGGCGUGCGAUCAAGAGGUCGAGAGGCCACUCUCAACUCAUCCUUACGGCCUCGAUUCUACCCAAGUCGGAGUCAACUUCGUGCUCGCCCUUGAGCACCCAUGUCUAUACCAUCACAGCAUCCCUUCAGUCCCGAUGCUUGCCCACGGCGAAAUCGGCUAUGGGCACUCACUCAUGCUGUCCAGUCCCAUCAUGGAGCACUCUCCAUCAUACUCGCUCAAUCCGCUCAAGAUGGGUUGGCCCAAGGGGACCACAUGGAACGUACCGGCAAUAGAGCUCGACAAACUCCUUAGCUUCUCCGAUCAGAUCGAACUUGAAUCUGAGAUCACGCCAGUGCAGGUCUGGCACCAGGUCCGAUGCCAUCCCAACUUCAACAGCCUUACUCCAGAGCGUCUGCAGUCGCUAAGGGACGCUCUACUUCCGAGCGUCAAGUGUCUUGGGUUCGGUGCUGUUAUCGAUCUGGAGCUUUUCGAGGCGGAGUUGGAGAAGGCAACCAAGCUUAGGUGA